UCUCCCUCUUCAGGCUUAAAAGUCUCACACCGCACCCAGACUUCCUGCAAUGGCACAUUAAGUCUCUUUCUGAUCCAGACUAUCCCACCAUUAUGCUGUCUUUACUGCCAGUGCUCAUUGCCUUGGCUGCCUCUUUCCCAUGUAUGUUGAGGUCUUUUUCCUUCCUUAAUUCAUUGUGAGUUCCAUGUGAUAACUUUGGGCUGUUGCUUUUCCUAUUUCAGCUUUUCCCCCUGCCUUCCUUUUCCAGGCACCCUCACACAAAUUGUUCUGACUCAGUCGGAUCCAAUACUGAAGAAACCUGGAGAAUCCCAUAAACUCACCUGUGCUGUCACUGGGUUUGAUGUUAACAGCUACUAUAUGGACUGGUUUCGACAAAAACCUGGAAAAGGAUUGGAAUGGCUUGUUCACUACUACAAACCUGGGAGCACUGAUUAUUAUUCCCCUACAAUCCAAGGGCGAUUCAUAGCCACUAAGGACAGCUCCAACUUCUAUCUGCAAAUGAACAACCUGAAAGCAGAAGACACGGCUGUCUAUUACUGUGCAAGACACACUGAGUGAGAUCCCACUAGACCUCAGACAAAAACCCUUCACUGCAUUUCAUUUUGUGAGAAAUAAGCACAGGGGGCAGCAAAGGGCAACAAACCAGAAAGCCACAAACCAGAAAUGACUGAUGGUCCACCGAUUUCAUUUUUUGACCAGGCUCCAGUUUGCAAUGAGUUGCUCUAAUUUUGUCUGCUGCAAAAGAACAGCUCUGAGACAGUGCCCUCCCCUCAUUUCCCCCACCUGUGCCUUUUUCUGAGAGACCUUGUCAGCUUCUUUCCAAGACAAAAGAUAUUUUCCUUUAACAAUGUCCAGAACGGCCGUUUUUCUAGUGUAGUUUUUCUCAUGAUCUUUUGCGCUGUUGGAAACUGAACCCACUCUUUAGGCUGCAGUUAUGGAUUUUCUGUGAAGGCCUUCUGAUGCAGAUUUGUAGGCCUAGAUUGAUUGAUUGAUUGAAGGGAGGUAGGGCAUCACCUUAACCCUACAGAUACCAACCAAUGAGGAUGUCCAUUUUGCACAAUGCAAAAUUGGUCCCAUGGUGGGGCAGCUCCUGCCCUUUGCAACUCCUCACCAUUGUGUGUCAGACAAACACCUUUAUUGUCUUUUCAGCAAUUGCAAAAGACAUUCCUCCUUCAUCAAACAUUCUAAAUUGAGGCAUUUAUCCCAAUUGGUAAGAACAUUGGACAUGAAUUGAUUGGAGGUGUAUAUAAGUGCUUUUUAGCUGGCUGUCCUGGAGCAGAGGUCACUUGGAUGAAUGGGGUCACAAUGGAGUGCAUCACCCAAAUCCACUCAGCUGGAGACAUGCCAUCCUAUCUCAGCUGCCCAGCUGCAGCAGGAAUCCAGCUGGCUGAACUAACCUGGAGCACCUAAGGCUGGCAUAAUGAUCCCCAAAUGGCUGUUCUAGGGAAAUUGGCAAGUUCAGGACAUUACUGGAAGGAGGGACCUAGUCUCAAUUUUUAUUCCAUUUGAACCAAGCUGAUACAUAUAUUCUUCUUUUCUUAACCGUAUCUACUGUCCUAUUUUUUUUAAAAAAAAUUGUUUUGUAGCUUACCUAUGUUAACCUUCUAGUUUGAAACGUUUCUUAGUAUGCAUCCUUUAUAAUGUGGCAUAGAUGUUUUAAGCGCACACUUGAAGAAAAGGCCAAAGAUAUGAUUCCAUAUUAAUAUACUGCUUUCUUAUAAUCACUGAUUUAUGCAAAGCUGCAGAAAGGAAUGUCCCCCUUAAGCAUUCAAAGCCUCACACCCCACCCAGACUUCCUGCAACAGCAUAUUACAUCUCUUUCUGAUCCCGACUAUCCCACCUUUGUGGUUUCUUUACUGCCAAUGCUCAUUGCACUGGUUGCUUCUUUCCCAUGUAUGUCAAGGUCUUUUUCCUUCCUUAAUUCAUUCAUUCUGAGUUUCAUGUGAUAACUGUGGGCUGUUGCUUUUCCUAUUUCAGCUUUCCCCCCUGCUUUCCUAUUCCAGGCACUCGCACCCAAAUUAUUCUGACCCAUUCGAAUCCAGUACUGAAGAAACCUGGAGAAUCUCACAAACUCACCUGUGCUGUCACUGGGUUUGAUGUUAACAGCUAUGCUAUGGGCUGGUUCCGACAAAAACCUGGAAAAGGAUGGGAAUGGCUUGUUCACUACUAUAAAGCUUGGAACAGUCAAUAUUAUUCCCCUACAAUUCAAGGGUGAUUCACAGCAUCAACAGACAGCUCCAACUUCUAUCUGCAAAUGAACAACCUGAAAGCAGAAGACACGGCUGUCUAUUACUGUGCAAGAGACACACUGAGUGAGAUCCCACUAGACCUCAGACAAAAACCCUUCACUGCAUUUCAUUUUGUGAGAAAUAAGCACAGUGGGCAGCAAAGGGCAACAAGCCAGAAAUGAUGAAUGGUCCACCAAUUUCAUUUAUUGGCCACACUCCAGUCUGCAAUGAGGUGCUUUAGUAUUGUCUGAUGCAAAAGAACAGCUCUGAGACAGUGCCCUCCCCUCAUUUCCCCCACCUGUGCCUUUUUCUGAUACAGCUUGUCAGCUUCUUUCCAAGACAAAAGAUAUUUUCCUUUAACAAUGUCUAAGAAGGCAGUUUUUCUAUUACGGUUUUUUUCAUGAUCUUUUGUGCUGUUGGAAACUGAACCCACUCUUUAGGCAGCAGUUGUGGAUUUUCUGUGAAGGCCUUCUGAUGAAGAUUUGUAGGCCUAGGUAGAUUGACUGAGGGGAGGUAGGACAUAACCUUAACCUUACAGAUACCAACCAGUGAGGAUGUCCAUUCUGCACAAUCAGCUGGAGAAAUGUCAUCCUACCUGAGCUGCCCGGGUGCAGCAGGAAUCCAGCUGGCUGAAUAGAGCCUGGAGAAUCUAAGGCUGGCAUAAGGAUCCCCAAACGGCUGUUCUUGGGAAAACAGCAAGGUCAGAACAUUACUGGAAGGAGGGACCUAGUCUCAAUUUUUAUUCCAUUUGAACCAGACUGAUACAUAUAUGUAUUUAUUUAUUUUGCUAUAUCUACUGUUCAAUUUUUAAAAAUCAUUUUGUAGAUUCUCUGUGUUACCUAUUGAGUUUGAUACCUUUGUUGAUAAGCAUUCUAUAUAAUCCCUGGCAUAGAUGUUUUAAAAACACACUUGAUGAAAAGGCAAGAGAUAUGGUUCCAUAUUAAUAUACUCCCUUCUUAUAAUCACUGAUUUAUGCAAAGCUGCAAAAAGGAGUGUCCCCCUUAAGCCUUCAAAGCCUCACACCCCACCCAGACUUACUGCAACAGCACAUUACGUCUCUUUCUGAUCCAGACUAUCCCACCAAUAUGCUGUCUUUACUGCCAGUGCUCACUGCAUUGGCUGCUUUUUUCCCAUGUAUGUUGAGGUCUUUUUCUUUCCUUAAUUUAUUCAUUGUGAGUUUCAUGUGAUAACAGAGGGCUGCUGCUUUUCCUAUUUCAGCUAUUUUUCCUCCCUUCCUAUUCCAGGCACCCGCACACAAAUUGUUCUGACUCAAUCGGAUCCAGUACUGAAGAAACCUGGAGAAUCUCACAAACUCACCUGUGCUGUCACUGGGUUUAAUGUUAACAGCUACGUUAUGGGUUGGGUCCGACAAAAACCUGGAAAAGGAUUGGAAUGGCUUGUUCGCUACUAUAAAGGUUGGAGCAGUCAAGAGUAUUCCCCUGCAAUCCAAGGGCGAUUCACAGCCUCAGCAGACAGCUCAAACUUCUAUCUGCAAAUGAACAACCUGAAAGCAGAAGACACAGCAGUCUAUUACUGUGCGAGAGACACAGUGAGUGAGAUCCCACUAGACCUCAGACAAAAACCCUUCACUGCAUUUCAUUUUGUGAUAAAUAAGCACAGGGGGCAGCAAAGGGCAACAAGCCAGAAAUGAUGAAUGGUCCACCAGUUUCAUUUAUUGGCCACACUCCAGUCUGCAAUGAGGUGCUUUAUUAUUGUCUGAUGCAAAAGAACAGCUCUGAGACAGUCCCUUCCCUCAUUUCCCCCACCUGUGCCUUUCUCCGAGAGAGCUUGCCAGCUUCCUUCCAAGACAAAAGAUAUUUUCCUUUACCAAUGUUUAGGAAGACAGUUUUUCUAGUGCAGUUUUUCCUCAUGAUAUUUUUUGCUGUUGUAGACUGAAGGCACACAUUAGGCUGCAAUAGUGGAUGUUUAGUUAAGGCCCUCUUAUGCAGAUCUGUAGGCCUAUGUUGAUUGAUUGAGGGGAGGCAGGAUCUAACCUAACCCCGGCAAUAGAAACAAAAGAAAAUAAACAAAAUAAAAUAAUAAUUUUUUUAAAAAUCCUUUCAGUAGCACCUUAGACACCAACUAAGUUAGUUAUUGGUAUGAGCUUUCGUGUGCAUGCAUACGUCUUCAGAUACCUACCUACCUACCUACCUACCUACCUACCUACCUACCUGUAACUAACCCCUGCAGAUACCAACCAAUGAAGAUGUCCAUUCUGCACAAUGUUAAAUUGGUUCUUUAGUGUGGUGGCUCCUGACAUUUGCAACUCCUCACCUUUAUAUAUCAGACAGGCAGCUUCUCUAUUGUCGUUUCAGCAAUUGCUAAAUUGCUUAAAAGACAAUACAGUCCAGAAGAUAUGGCUCUCUAUUACUGUGCAAGAGUCACAGUGAGUGAGAUCCCACUAGACAGUCUGAUGAAAGCAUUCAGUCUCCAACAACACAAAAUUUCAUAUGAAAAGAUGCACCUGGGGAACUUCUGCCUUCCUCAAUAUUCGUAAAGGAACAGGGGCCUUUUCUGGAAGGAAGUUUAAAAAAAAAAUCAAAGAUGUGGGAGAUUUGGGGCAGAGGAUUGUCUCAGAACUUACCCUUUGUAUUGGAACAAGAAAGCUAUGGAACAACUUACUGCAGGCAGAACCUAGGCUAAAGAAUUGCAGCUGUUGGGCAUUUAUAAUUUCACAGCUUUAUAUAGUGGUACCUCAGGUUAGAUACGCUUCAGGUUAGAUACGCUUCAGGUUAGAUAUGCUUCAGGUUACAGACUCCACUAACCCAGAAAUAGUGCUUCAGGUUAAGAGCUUUGCUUCAGGAUGAGAACAGAAAUUGUGCUCUGGCGGCACGGUGGCAGCAGGAGGCCCCAUUAGCUAAAGUGGUGCUUCAGGUUAAGAACAGUUUCAGGUUAAAUACGGACCUCCAGAACAAAUUAAGUACUUAACUCGAGGUACCACUGUACAUCCGUUCUGCAACUGGUUUUACUGGUUUGUGCAUCUUUGGUACCCCAUCUGGCAAUUAGUCACCAAAUCAAAGGCAGUGAAGCGUUUUUGUCAUCAGACUUUAUUUUUGUGUGCAUUCUUUUUGGGCCUUCUUAUAAAUUUGUGUUCAGUAAGAUUGGAUACUAAGUAGAUUAAAUGUGGGGAGCUUUGCAUUAACAUAAAUCCUACAGAUAAUGCUAAUAAUAAUAAUAGCAAUAGGAAUAAUAAUAAUUUCUUCAAUUUAUAUACAGCGUUUUAUACAAAAAUCAGAGGCCUGUAUGCAACAUUAAGAACAUUAUUUACAAUACAUAAUAAAAAAACAUGAUGCAGUGCAUAAUAUUACAAAGCAUAAUAAGAAAAUGAUCAAAAUAACAGUCUCCACCACACAGACUUUUAACACGCCAUAGAUUAUUUAAUAUGUGAAGGUCUGGGUAAAGAGGAAUGCAUUCACCAGUCACCUAAAGACCUGCAAUGAUGGAGCUAUUCCACAGAUGGGGAGCCACCACAGAAAAAGCCCAUUUCAUGUUGUCACCCUCCAAAACCUCUCAGGGAGAGAAGACAAAGAGAAUGGCCUUGGGUGACAGGCACAGGAACAAGGUCGGUUCAUAUGGGAGAGACGGUCGGUAACUCAUUGAGGUCAUGAGCCAUGAGGCUUUAUAGAUCAGCACCAGCACUUUGAAUUGGGCCCAGAAACUAAUUGGCAGCCAGUGCAGUUGGGCCAGGAUCAAUCCUUAGUCCAUUCAGAUUAGUCUGAAACAUAUAUUGUUUUCUUUUUUCCUUUUAAAAUCCCAUGCUGUUUUAUUAUUAAAAACAUAUACAAAGAUUCAUGGAUCAUCUAAUAUAGGUAGCAAUUUGGGUUUGAUAAUUUUGUUAAUGUGCAUGCAUAGAAUCUAUGGCAUAGAUAUUUUAAGUGCACACUUGAUGAGAAGGCAGGAUGUGUGGAGUUUGGAUUCCAUAUUAAUAGUCUCCCUUCUUAUGCUCACUGAUUUAUGCAAAACUACAAGACAUUGGGCGUCCUACUUAAGCCUUCAAAGCCUCACUUCUCACACAGACUUCCUGGAACAGCACAUUAAGUCCCUUUCAGAGCCAGAGCAUUGCAUCACUAUGCCGUCUUUAUUGCCAAUGCUCAUUGCACUGGCUGCCUCUUCCUCAUGUGCGUUGAACUUUACAUCUACAUCUUAUUCCUUCCUUCAUUUAAUGUGGGUUUCAUGUGGGCUGUUGCUUUUUCUAUCUCAUCUAUUUCCUGCUUCCAAUUCCAGGUGCCCUCACACAGAUAGUUCUGACGCAGUCGGACCCAGUAUUGAAGAAACCUGGAGAAUCCCAUAAACUCACCUGUGCUGUUACUGGAUUUGAUGUUAAUGACAAUAUUAUGGAGUGGGUCCGGCAAAAACCUGGAAAAGGAUUGGAAUGGCUUGCUGAGUACUAUACACCUGGGACCAAUUAUUAUUCCCCUACAAUUCAAGGGCGAUUCACAGCCUCAGCGGACAGCUCCAACCUCUAUCUGCAAAUGAACAACCUGAAAGCAGAAGACACGGCUGUCUAUUACUGUGCGAGAAGCACAGUGAGUGAGAUUGCAGUAGACCUCAGACAAAAACCCUUCACUGCCUUUGAUUUGGUGACAAAUUGCCAGAGGGGGCAGCAAAAGGCCAGAAACUAGAAAAGCAAGUUACAGAACACAGCCUUCACUCUUUGGCCUAUAUUCUGCCUAAAGUGAAUUGCUCCAGUUUUCCUGUUCCAGUUGAAAACAGCAGUUCUGAAACAUUCAAGGCAGUCAAUUCCUCUGUGCCCACCAUAUUUCCACAACUAGUACCCUGUCCUCUCAUUUCUACACUCCCAAUUGUACAUAAAAUCCUUCCUCGCCACCUGCAGUAAUCAGAGGUUGAUAAAGGCACCAAUUCUUCCUCUUCUUUACCUCUCCCUCAUAUAAAUGAACAGUUCUCCUCUUCUCUCUUGCAUUCUUCUAUUCGACAGUCUUCUCUUCCUCACCCCCUCACAUCCAAGCAAUUCCUCUUCCCUCAACUUUCUUGCAUUUUCCACAGUUCCCUCCCCUCUACUCUCUCCCUCACAUUUUUAUUCCCUGCUCUCUCCACUUCUUUUUGUCCCUUCCUCCUCCUGCUUUCACCCUUUGCUGACCAUGGUGGAUACACUAAUGCUCCUUUAUUCCCUUUCCUAAGUAGCUGCUUCUUUGAGAUCAAAAUGUGGCACAAGCACAAUAAUGUAGCAUUUUGUGUGUGUGGUGUGGGGAUACAUACAACCCAGUAACUCAGCACUGGAAGUCAAGAUGGAGAAAAUUUCCACAGCUACCAUGUAUUUUCCCUUGGUACUUAGAGAAGACUCCCUGGAAAAGACCAUGUUGUUUUCUUUUAAAGAACUCUACCUUCUGCUAUACUUUCCAUAGGUGUAUAUAUAAACACACCUGUCUAAUUCAAGUAAUCGUAUGGGUUUCUUACAUUUGUUGAGGUGCAUGUAAUCAAAUCUAUGUCACAAUUGUUUUAGGCAUGCAUUAGAAAAGUAUGUGGAAAAUUUGGAUCUUAUUAAGACACCCUCUUCCAAUGCUCACCGAUUUAUGCAAAGCCAUGAGAAUGAUGAGUUCCUACUUAAGCCCUCAAAGCCUCUCACUUCACAUAGACUUCCUGGCAAGGCACACAGGCUCCUUUUGAAAUCCAGUCCAUCGUUCCAGUAUGCGGUUUUUCUUUUCCGUGCUUAUUGCACUCGCUGCCUCUUCCUCAUGUGUGUUGGGCUUUCAUUUUAUUCCUUCCUUCACUCAGUCUGGGUUUUAUAAUGGGCUUUUGUAUGACAGCUAUUUCUUCUUCCUUUUUCCUUCAUUCCAGGUGGCCUCACACAGAGAAUUCUGACCCAGUCGGAAUCUUCAGCAUUGAAGAAACCUGGAGAAUCCCAUAAGUUGACCUGUGCCAUCACUGGAUUUGAUACUGACAAAUACUGGAUGGGCUGGUUCCGACAAAAACCUGGAGAAAGAUUGGAAUGGCUUGUUCAUUAUGCACGCUAUGGUUACACUGAUUAUUAUUCCCCUACAAUCCGAGGGCGAUUCACAGCCUCUUAAGGACACCUACACCUUCUAUCUGCAAAUGAACCGCCUGAAAUCAGAAAACACAGCUGUCUAUUACGGUGCAAGAUUCGCAGUGAGAGAGAUCCCAGUAGACCUCAGACAAAAACCCUUCCAUUUGGUGGCAAAUCAUCACAAGAGAUGGCAUCAAAGAGCCACAAACCAGAAAGGCAUGGUACAGAACAGAUGCAUAAAGGGAGGGAAAUAUCAAUGAUCCACAGCUGUCAUUCUUUGGCCAAGCUCCAGCCUGCAGUGAACUGUUCCAAGAUCUUUCUGUUCCAAUGCUAAACAUCUGUUCAGAGACAGUGUCCUUCCCCCACCUCCCUUUCUCUCAGGCAUCCCACCCAAAACAAUGUGGCUAAUAUGUGCACUUUUUAAUUGUAACUGCACUUAUUGUAUUUUAAAAUGUAACCUGAUAAUUGAAACUGCACUUAUUGUAUUUU